UGAAUUUCAGACAUGGUUGGCUUGCCUUUUUUUUUUUUUUGUGUCUAACCCCGUUUCACUGCCAGUGACGAGGGACAGGCAAGAUUUAGGUUAAUGGUUAACAGAGCAGCUAUAACCACACAGAAACUGUGACUUCCUCAUGCCGGGCCUGAGAGCUGUCUUUGCUUGUACAAGGAAGAGGCGAGUGUUGAAAGCAGAGCAGUUCACACCGAAAAGCACUGAAGAACGGCAGCUUCACUAGAUAAAGAAAAACAGGAGGAAAAGCCAAAAGGAGCAAGACAUGUUUGUUGUUAAGAGAGGUAAGAGCUAAAACACUUUCCUGCUCAGCUUUUUGCCUCAGUGGCUGUUGCUAGCAAAACCCACAGAUGUGGUGAGUUGAGACAUGCUCGUUACACCUGACUGCUCAGACCUGUGCAUCUUGCUGAGAGGGGCAAAGCAACAAAGGAUCUAUUUGCUGUAAACUGGAGCACCUGAGAAGGCAGGAAAGCUCUUCCUCCCUUCUUUCUGACCCAGGGGCUUCUCAUGGCAGAACAGACAUCAUCUUCAGACUGUUCUGAUCUCAUUGACCACAGCCAUGUGCCUGAGUUUGAGGUGUCUUCUUGGAUCAAGAUCACUUUGGCCUUAGUGUAUGUCUGCCUCUUUGUUGCGGGCAUUUUGGGCAACAGCAUCACUAUCAAAGCCACGAGGAUCCUGCAGAAGAAAGGCUACCUGCAGAAGGAGGUUACGGACCACAUGGUGAGUCUGGCCUGCUCUGACCUGCUGGUCAUCCUGCUGGGCAUGCCGAUGGAGUUCUUCAGUGCCAUCUGGAGUCCCUUUUCCACCCCCAAUGGCAAUGUGGCUUGCAAGCUCUACUACUUCCUUUUUGAAGCCUGCAGUUAUGCCACAGUGCUGCAUGUGGCCACCCUCAGCUUUGAGAGGUACAUAGCUAUCUGCCACCCGUUCAAGUUCAAGGCUGUCUCCGGACCCCGCACGGUGAAGCUGCUCAUCGCCUUUGUUUGGGGGACAUCUGUCAUAGUGGCUCUGCCCUUGCUCUUUGCUAUGGGUACAGAAUAUCCCCUGGAAGCCGUUGAGGGCUACCAAAGUAAGACUGCCUGCACCACGCCUAUGCCCAGGCACCACAUCCCUGAGCUGAAGCAGAAUGCGACCAUCUGUACCAGCCUCUCCUCCCAGUGGCCCGUCUUUCAGGCCAGCAUCUUCAGUUCCUUUGCUGUGUACAUCAUAGUGCUGGGAUCUGUCACCUUCAUGUGUCGCAGCAUGAUGAAAGCCCUGAUGAUCCAUAAGGAAGGAACUGUGGCAGUGAAGGGUGGACCGAGACAUGAGGAGCAGUACCUAAGGAAAAAUGAGAGCUCGGAGGGCAAGAGCACCAGGAGACAGAUCACUUUAUUUCUGGGACUGAUUGUUGCAACUCUGGCAAUAUGCUGGAUGCCAAACCAGGUGAGAAGGAUCAUGGCUGCUGCUAAACCAAAGCAGGACUGGACUGUGCCCUACUUCAGAGCGUACAUCACUCUUCUUCCCAUCGCCGACAGCUUCUUCUACCUCAGCUCGGUGCUGAACCCCCUCCUGUACAACAUCUCUUCUCAGCAGUUCCGCAGCGUGUUUCUGCAGGUCCUCCGCUGCCGCCUGACCAUAGAGCACGCCAACAAGGAGAAGUUUCUCAGAGCCAACACGAGCUCCAGCACAAGGAGCAGCCGGUCUCUACGCCCACUGCUGUUCCUCUCCUCUAGGCGCAGUUCUUCUACAAGAGGCAGUAACAAAGUUUUCUUGAGUACUUUUCAGAAGGAGACCAAGUCUGAUUGCAGUCCAGAUAAACCACCAGAGCCCAGCUUGGAAGUAGUGCCACUAGAGACUAGUGCAGAGCCCAGCCCAGACGCACAGAACGGCCUUUGUGAACACCAAGUAUGACUUCAUAAGGCAAAGUUAAUGAUUAGCAAUGAACUAAAAACCAUGGAAAUUAAAAUGACCGAGGAAUUGACUGCAUCUUAAAAGGAACAACACAGAUGGAUUUGUUUCCAAUUAUGCACAAAGGCAGGAGCUCUGUAUCCUGCUGCUGGGAUUUUUAAGUGCGCACUGGAAACUCAAUCUGCUAACUGAAUUCAUUAGCUGCCAAAAAUACCAGCCCCUCUCUCCCCACAAGCACUGAACUUCCCUUGCUGUUGACAGGGAUUUGGAAUCAAACAGAAAAUAAUUGUGGUGUCUUUGAAGAAAGGAGGAGACAGGACAAACUGUGCCACGGCAAAAAACUUGCUUGAAGUUUAGCAAUACGAAACCAAAAGAGCCAUUUUAAGGAGCAGAAUGGUGGUUGUCACUUGUGCCCUCGGCACCACGCCAGAAUUCCCUCUCUUCUUUGGUCGGGGUCCAUUGCAGAGCGGAGUGUUGCAGCAGCUGAUGCAAACAGAGUUCACCUUCCCGGGAGAGCAAAAGGACUGGUACCCAGCAGAGGCUAUCAGACACGCUGCCGAAGAGGCGCAGGAUUUGCGAUACAUGAUUCCUGUGACACAGAGCAAAGGUUACUUGGUUUGAUAUGAACGUGGUUUUGCUGUACAACACAAUUCAUGCUUGAAAACUUGAAAAAGGAGUUUACAUUUCCAAAGCAGUGCUGGUGAUUAAGCCAGACACCUCAGCUGUGACACAGCUAACAGCUCUGCGCUGCAGGAGCAGCACAGUCACUCUGGUUUGGAUUUUUCUUUUAUUUGAUUCUGGUUGGAACCAAAAAUAUUACAAACUUGAUUUACAUAAUGUAUACCAAAUGAUGCAUUUUAUAACCAGAGUUGUUCAUCUUUUGGAAUCAGCUGUUUGAAUAGCUAUAACUGAAAUGCAGUUAGUUUGAAAAUGGGUUUUGUUUCUGUUGCUGAACGUCUGAGUUGUUUAAGGUGUCCACAAAAUUACAGUUUUCUAUGCUAUUAAUUUGUCUUUAGAGCAUGUUUUCCUGUUCUUCUUCAUUUGCCACACAGAGACAAGUAACCACAAGUGAAAGGAAAAUGACUAUCAAAUGACUAUCAGCAAAACUUUCAUCUCCCCCUCCUCCUUUUUUUUUUAAAAGAAAAACUGAAAGUACUUUUCCAGGUAAUCUCAGUUCUUGUUGUCUUUGAAGCUUAAUACCCUCAACAACAAUUUCCAUUUGUACAGAAAUGGCUUUUCCAAGUUGAAUGUCUUCCCUUUUAAAAUGUAAUUUAAUUUAAUCUAAUGUUAAUUAAUAAUCAAAUUUAUAUUUUCUCAAAUGGUUUUUACCUGAAAAAAAAUAUUUGGAUGCACAUAGCUGUUACUUUACAAUGGUUUAUAAGGGCAUUAAAAUACACAGUUGCAUUUUCCCCUGUCACAGUAGAAAAUAGUUGUGGCAGUUGUACCUCCCAUUAUUCUAAAAUUUUCCUGCAAGUGAUACAGUAGAAAUUGUGUGUUGGAAAAACAGAGACAUAACACAUAGAUAAUGGAGGUCUGCUCGUAUGGCCUUGCGGUUACGAAAAAUGUAAAUAUUUCUAAGGAUAAUAAAAUCACUAAUCUUUUUGAA